GAAUUUUUAAUCAGAUUACAAGCGUUAAACUUUGAUCAUUUGUCUUUAAUAAGGAACAGAUCCUUAUAAAAAAUUUAUGAUUGGCUUAUCGUAGAGAUCUUAUUCCUUGAUUGGUGGAAGUGGAAGAGAAUACAGGAUUGAAUAUAGUUGAAAGAAAUAUAGCAAGAAUAAUUUCGUGACACAAGGUGCAGUUGCUUGAUUUUGUUUUGCUAUUGUAAUUUCGUAAUCAAUAACAAUAUUUAUGACGGAAAAUGUAUUACAAAACGGCAUGGAGCCUUUUAAGAAUCCUGAUUGUGUUCCUUUGGAAGACUUGAUAUUAACAAUUAAGACAGGUGGAAUUCCAGAUUAUGUUCCUGCUUUAGAUGAAAAAUGGGUAGAAGAGCGGUAUUUUUUGCAUUAUGAAGUUCCAAAUAUGUAUGAUAAUAAUGGAACUGAAAUUAUGGGCGCUAAGGAACACUGGAUAGAAAUUAUGGGUUAUAUGAUCGAUGAUUUAAAAUGGGUCUUGACUCUUCCAUUUUAUAGGUUUUGGUCAAACAUCGUAUUCAAUACUUCAAUAUUGGAUGCAUUGGUAUCCUUUUUACAAGAUGCCCCACCAUUUUAUGCUUUAGAAAGUUUUCCUAAUGACUUGGAAAUGCAAAAUAUUAUAGAAACACUUCGUCAUCAUGUACUUUUGAUUUUUGCACGUCUUGUUACAAACAAGGAAAGUUCUACUGAAUAUAUGACAGUUCCAUUUCUUGGAAAGUUAUUGUAUGAUAAUUUUAUAUUUACCGUACCUAUCAUUUAUGAUUUGUGUCAAUUAUAUGGUCGUGAAAAUGAAAAAACAAUAGCAAGAAUUUUAGAUAGUCUAUUUACAAUUCAACCAUUAUAUAAUGAUGAUGUUGAAAAGUCUGUUCCUUACCUUGUUAAGGCUCUUUAUAAUGUAGAAAGAGGAUUCCAGGAUCGACCUACCUGUUCGUCAGAUGAAGCAGUACCACCACUUUUGAUCGUGCCGAUUGAAAUUACUAAAAUUACAUUGUUCUCAUUGGAGGAUAUGAUACUAUAUGUUCUAGAUAUAUCUUCUACGAUUACUACAUUUUUAAAAAAUUACCCUCCAGCAGUAAAAAAAUAUCGUGAUGAAAAUUUUAUGAAUAAGAUAGUUUCUAUAUAUGAAAAUACAAUACCUGAAAUGUAUAAAAAACUAAAUGAAUUAGCAUACAACGAACAUUUAGGAAAAUUUAUAGAACUAAGGCAUCGUUUAGAUGUGACUAGAAUAGAAUUACUACAUCUUUAUCGAACUAUAGUGCAUGAGCCUGUGGAGAAUAUACAUCAAAAACUUGAUACACUUUCGGAGGAAGAAAUAAAAGAACGAGUCGAUGAUUAUUUAAACUUGCUAAGUAACGCUAUAUCAGAAAAAGAAUUUAUCACGGAUUAUCAUCAGUUUUAUCCAGUAGGCUCUGACUUGGAAGAAUUAUCAAAAAUAUGUCCUGAACUAGAUACCAUAAAACGUAAUUAUAUAUUGCAAGCAGUUUAUGCUGCUAUAGGAGAUUCUCAAAUUUCUGUCAUUGUCUCUUCCAAUAACAAAAAAGAAGCUGUAGCAGGGCCUAGUAAUGUAGGAACUAAUCAACACCCAUCAACAUCCAAGAAUGUUCCUGUGGAAAAUGUAAUACAAAAACCCGUUCGAAGAUCGUCCAUUGAAAUAGCUUCUCUCAUUAGUGAAGUAAAAGAUAUUUUAAGUCAUUUAGGAGAAGGUUUUAUUCAGAUGUGUUUGAAACACUAUGACUACAAUACUGCAGAUGUGAUAAAUGCUGUUUUAGAAUACACUUUACCUUCACAUUUGAGUGAAUUAGAUUUUUCGUUACCAUAUAUACCACCAAAUCCAGAGGAAACACCUACGGCCGUUGUGGAUCAUGAUAUUGGUAUCGAAAGACUUAACGUAUUUGAUAACGAUGAAUUUGACAUUAUGACUAGAGAUGAUAUUGAUAUGUCCAGAGUUCAUAAGGGCAAAAGGAAAGAUAAAUACAAGAAUAUAAAUGAGCUAUUAAACGAUAAAUCGGAAGUUAAAAAAGUUGCUAAUAUAUAUAGUAAAUAUAGCUUGGUUAUGGAUGAUUAUGAUGAUGAGUAUGAUGAUACAUAUGAUAGUCAUGAUGUACGGGGUACAACGCAAGAUGAUGUUCCAGAUUCUAGAGCUUUUACUACUCCUCGAGUGCUGUUAGCGAAAGAGAAAAAUAUUACAGAAUCUGAGGACGAGAAUGAAUCUGACAGUGAUAACGAGACUACAUCUAACGAAGUAAAUGGGAAAGAUAAUUUUGUACAAAAUCCGGCAGAUUUGCGUGCCAAAGCUGAACAACGAAGACAAGCAGCACGCGGCAAGAAAUCUUCGAACGAUGUUGUUGGAAAACCCAAAGGCCAAGGGCAAGAUAAAGAUGUUACUGUUAACAGAGAUAAGAAAAAUACGCAUAAAGCUACACGGGCUAAUCAUAAUCGUCGCGCAGGUGCUAAUUGGAAACAAAGACAUGGAAUGAUACCAUCUUGAAAUAUUUUCCAGAAUAUUUCUUGCCGAAAAUACAUAUUUCCACAAUGUAAAUACUGCCAAACGUUUAGCGCAACUUUCGUACAAUUUAAAAUGAUUUACUUUUUAAGAUAUAAUUCCGUGCAACUUAUGUAUGUUAAACUUAGCAAGAGAUUUAUUCGGUUGUAAUAUAGUUUACAAAAUGCCUAUAUGGCAUUCCCAAAGCCUUAAGAAUAAUUUUAUGGAUAAAGAUAAUGGAAUUGUUAAAAAUA